UGCUGCUGUUUGUCUGUCUGCCAUUAAUAAUAGGAUGACUAUAUUUUGCUUCCUAUCAGAUGCAGGCUCAACUGUAGCAGCCUUCUUGAAACAAGAAGUUGCAUAGAUUUCACACAGAAAUCCAAAGAUUUGAAGACGAAGAACAAACCCAAUGACAAUAUCAAACGUGACAGCAUUUACAUUGAUGAAAGCGGAAAUUUCAGAAAAUUUAACCACAAGAAGGUUUCAAGAAAGAAGGAAUGUUGGAAACCGUGGUCUUUCUUCUAGGUGGUUCUUUGAGGGGUCAAGGAUGGAAAUACGGUUCUGGUUUUGUUGAUGGAAUCUUUCCCGUUCUAAGUCCAGUUGCACAGCAGAUACUGAACUAUCUACAAAAGGAAAUGGAUGCUGAAAAGGCAUGGGCUGCUCUUGAUACUCUUCCUCCCACUAAUCAUUCAUGGGAUGAUCUCCUCAAUGUUUCCGUCCAACUUCGUCUGAACAAGCAAUGGAAUCCUAUCAUUACGGUUUGUGAAUGGAUAUUGCAGAAGAGCCCAUUUCAGCCUGAUGUUCUAUGCUACAAUUUGCUAAUAGAUUCUUAUGGGCAAAAGGGUUUGUCUGAAAAAGCAGAAGCAAUCUACUUUAGUCUACUUGAAGCUUCAUGCGUUCCUACUGAAGACACUUACGCACUUCUCCUAACUGCCUACAGCAUCUGUGGUCAGUUAGAGAAGGCCGAAGCUGUGUUUUCAGAGAUGCGAAAGAAUGGAGUCCCUCCAAGUACAGUUGUUUAUAAUGCUUACAUUAAAUCAUUGUUGAAGAGACGACAAGACUCUCACAAAGCUAUUGAGGUCUUCCAAAGGAUGAAGAGGAAUGGUUGUCAACCAUCUUCUGAAACUUACACAUCGAUGAUCAGUCUAUACGGAAAGGAAAGAAAACCCGAAAUGUCCUUAAAGGUGUUUGAAGAAAUGACAAGUCAGAAAUGUAAACCUAAUAUUUGCACAUACACUGCUUUGAUUAAUGCAUUCGCUAGGAAUGGACUGUGUGAGAAAGCGGAAGAGAUAUUUGAGGAGCUACAGGAGUUGGGGCUUGAGCCAGAUGUAUAUACCUAUAACGCUCUAAUGGAAGCAUACAGCCGUGCUGGUUUCCCAAAUGGGGCUGCAGAAAUUUUCAAUCUAAUGAAACAUAUGGACUGUGAACCUGACAAAGCUUCAUACAAUAUAAUGAUGGAUGCAUAUGGAAGAGCUGGUCUUCAUGAAGAUGCUCAAGGUGUAUUUGAAGAGAUGAAGCGGCUGGGGAUACAGGCAACAAUGAAAUCCCACACGCUCCUUCUAUCAGCCUACUCGAGAUUGGGGAAUAUUGGAAAAUGUGAGAACAUCCUUGGAGAAAUGCAAAAGAUGGGGAUAAAGCCAGAUACAUACGCAAUCAAUACUAUGAUAAAUCUGUAUGGGCGGUUAGGACAUUUCGAUAAAAUGGAAGCUGCGUUGGCUGCAAUGGAAAACAGAGGAGGAAGAGAUGAAUAUGCAGUAGCUGCUGAUAUAAGCACGUAUAACAUAUUGAUGAACGCAUAUGGAAGGGCGGGUUUCAUUGAGAAAAUGGAAGAGCAGUUUGGGUUGAUUCGGGAGAAGAACAUGAAACCGGAUGUGAUAACAUGGACUUGUCGAAUAGGAGCAUACUCAAAGAAGAAGCAGUACAAGAAAUGUUUGGAGAUAUUUGAGGAAAUGAUUGAUGAAGGCUGUUAUCCAGAUGGAGGGACUGCCAAGGUGCUUCUCUCUUCGUGUUCAAGUGAGGAUCAGAUUGAACAAGUCACCACUGUCAUCAGAAAUAUGCACAAGGCCAGGGGAUGAUGAUGAUGAUGAAAUCACCAUUAACCCUCCUCCUCCUCCUCUGAUCUUCUUCAAAUUCUUCUAUUCUAUUCCUUUCAAUAUAAUUCCAUAAUGAUGAUAUAAUAUUAUUUUGGAGCAACCCAGUAUUUUAUAAAAAAAUCAUUUUUUUAUUAUAUUUAAAUUUAAAAUUAAUAAUCUAAUAAUAAAAAAAAAACAAACUACUUACUACUAACAUUAUCGUUUCUAGAAAGGAAAAAAGAAAAGAAAAAAAGAGA